ACGGAUGUAGUAUUUUUUUACUACUGAAAUAAACAUUUAUUUUUUUAAUAAAAAAUAAAAUUUUUAUGUAAGAAGAUUUACAAAAAUAAUAUCCAUUAGAAAUCAUCAUUGUCAUCAUUGUGAUCUGUGAGGCGAGCUAAGUCAUGUUCAUGGUGCAUUGAAUCCAUAUGUUAAUUGUGAGCUUAGAGACGAAGCAUGAAACAAGAUGAAGUCUCGAGAGUCCAUUGCGUUCCGUAGAUUCCUCUGCUCUUUUUGACUUUAUGCUGCGAACGAAGGUGGAUAGAAAUUCCGGACGUAAAUUUCGCGGUUCAUGCGCGGUUGCGAGCAUGCACUAUUUGACUGCACUGAGGAUCCAGAUUCGCUAGGUUUUUGACGAAUCGAGGUGUUUUAGACGAUUGAACGCUGCGGGGAUGUCGAAUCAAGCGGUGAAGGCGAGGAGAAAGGCGCUCGAGGCGCGCAUGACCUGUUCUCUCUGCAACAAGCUCUUCAGAGAUGCUACCACUAUUUCCGAAUGCCUGCAUACCUUUUGCAGGAAAUGCAUAUAUAAGAAGCUAACAGACGAGGACUUGGAGAGUUGCCCAAUAUGCAACAUUGACUUGGGUUGUGUCCCGGAGGAGAAACUGAGGCCAGAUAAUACUUUGCAAGAUGUAAGAGCAAAGAUUUUUCCUUAUAAGAGGAGAAAGGUAAAAGCACAAGAUGUUAUGUGUUCAGUUACAUUGCCAUUGAAGCGAAAAGAGAGAUCGUUGUCAUCAUUAGUGGUAAGCGCACCCAGAGUAACCACACAAUCUGGAAUGACAGGGAGAAGAUCAAAAUAUGUUGGUAGAAAACCAUUACGAAAAUCCACUUUUUCUAUCGAGAAAUUUAUCAACAAAGAUGAACCUUCUUCUGAAGGUCAGCUCGAUAACUCCACAAUACCAGUACCUGAGACUUCAGACAAAUGUACUCAUAAUUUGAGGCAGAAUGUCUCCAAUGAAGUUCCUUCUAUUCAUUCUGCACGUCAUGAAGAUAUAGAAAAUGACGCUAAAGAGUGGGAAAAGGGUGUUGAUAUGUGGAGUCCUUUAAAUUGUUUGGUUGAAGUCGCAAAUAGGAGUAAAUCUUCAAGGUUAUUGCCAAAAGGUUCUGCCCUAAAAUCAGAACCAUCACAUAUUUCUGACAUCGAUGGAUAUGUCUAUGAAACUAAAAUUAGAGAGCAUGGACACAAGUUGAAUGUUGAAGACGGAAAGUUGAAAAAUUGUCCCACGCCAGAACAAGAAAAACCUAAAAAAUUGCGAAGAAUUCAAAAGAAAAAACCAGCUUUGGUGGAGUUCAAUAAUUCUCCAAAUGUUGUGCUGGAUAAUCCAAGAGCUAAAUUGGAACGAAGUUAUCCAAUUUGGUUCUCCUUAGUGGCAUCUGUCGACCAGGCAGGAGGUGCACCGUUGCCUCAGAUCUCUGCUAGCUACUUGAGAAUAAAGGAUGGGAGCAUUUCUGUUUCUUUCAUCCAAAAGUACCUUGUGAGAAAAUUGGACCUUAUGAAUGAUGAUGAGGUAGAGAUUAGAUGUAUGGGGCAGUCUCUAGUACCAACAUUACAGCUGAAUAAUUUAGUCGAUCUUUGGAUCCAAAUGAGUAGUAAUUCAGAUAGACUGCCCGUGAGAAUCGGUACUUCCGCGAAAGAUUUUGUGAUGGUGUUGGUCUAUGGUCGUAGACGUCUAGCUUCAUGACGAUAUCACCAAUCAAACACAGAAAAGUCUCACUCGACGAUUUGUGCUCCUUGAAGACAUCCCUUUUUUUCUCUAUUUUUUUCGUCCUUUUUUUACCUGUAAUAUAUAUUUUUUCUUGUGGUCAUACAAAAUAUAGAUUGUACAUAACAUAAGCAUAUUGACUUACCACGUUUUCUACGAGGAACAAAAUAUGUUGUGCACU